AUGCGCCGACCUUACGUGGAGCCUGGCCACCGCUCUGCUCGUCCAGGUAUUCGCCAUAGAUUCCGUGACCAGGGUCCCGACCGAAAGGGCCGCGACCCACACACACUCACUUCCAAUCGCGAAGGAGGUCGUCCCGCACGUCUUGCCAGUGAGGGCGAAACCGACCAAGACGAUUUCUACAGUGACAAUGACGAACAAGGCUUUGUCACACAGACCGACGAAAACGCCGUCACCGCCAACGAGGAUGUUGACAGUGAGGAGGAAGACGACGAUCUCGACGACGAUGAUCUUCUAGACGACCGAGAAGAGGAACAAGAAGAAGCCCGUUCGGCUCGCUCCGUCACUCGAGCUCGACCGGCACCUGCUAUCCGUGGUGCUUACGUCAAUGAGCAAGAUGAUGAAGACGAUGGCGAUGACGAUGACGAUGACGACGAAGACGAAGACGAAGACGACAAUGACCGCGACGUCGCAACGCCGCGGAACCACAGUCGAAGCAACCUUGCUGCUACGCCCCAUGGCCGACCACGAGCUUACUCGCGCUCCAACAAGCUUGCUCCCGAAGAAGAGGACUGGGCGCUCAAGGGCGAGGCCAAGCGCCGCAAGGGAGGUGUCUUUGGAAGACUGAAGCGUCUUGGGCGCAAGUCCAAGGGCACAGACGAAGCAACCGUUCAAUCACGUCAAGGCGCAAAUGCCGAUGUUGUGCUCGGACGUUCCUAUGGAGCCGUUCGUGAACUUCGCAGCCGAAAAAGCCACCUUGGACAAAGGCUUGAUCCGAUUGCCCCCAAUAGAACCCACGAUCGAGCCUCCUCCCGAAGAGGCGCCGCAGCCGCCGCCAUCUCUUCUGGUGUAGCAGCAGGCACCGCACAAUCUACUCGUCUUGGCGGUAGCAGUCGCAGCACUUCCGACUUUGACAGUGAGCUCGGCACCGCUCGUCCGGGCUCCCACAUUCGCGCACGCCAGCCUCCAUCGGUCAUCGCCAGUGACGACGGCACGGAUCUGGCCCGCACGGACGGGAUGCCACUUGAGUCGUCGGAUGUUCCGCCCCGAACCCCCACUCCGAUCGCUCUACGUGAUACCGAGAACGCCCGCUCUCCUCAGCUCGUAGAUCCUUACGCCGCUCCGGUUGUGGCCACGGAGGCGCACGGGCGUUCCAAGUCGAUGACUGAGAGCGUUCAGCCCAGCGUUCUUGACGUCAGCGACGCCGCUUCUGUUAUUCCGCCCUCAUCGCCGUUGAUUCCCGUCUCGGGUCCGCUCAGCCACAACGACGCCGUCGUCCCCAGCCAGCGUGCCUCGAUGCAGUCCGUCAGAGACAAUGAGAUUGACGAGGAGACCAUGUCGCGCUCCCGCAAGCCAAGCAUGGACCUUCGCGCCGCCGCUGGUGGAGCCCUCGGUGGUCUCGCCGCCAUGAUCGGCUUCGACGCGCUUCGUGAGAAAAAGAACGGCCUCCCCCCCAAAGACGAGCCCAUCUCAAUCGCAUUGGGCCUCACUGCACCUGACGAGACUGUUGCACCAAAUGCAGCUGCAACAUCUACAGCCGCUGCCGAAACGGCUAUCCCAGCAGCCUCUCUCGAACCUGGCACCACUGCCUCUGACGUCACCAUGCUGCCAAGGAGAAAUCGUCGGAAGAGCAGUAAGGCCUCCGUGUUACCCGGUGUUGCUGAUGAAGAGCUUGCUCCUGUAGCUGCAGGAGGUCGCGUCGACGCGGAGGACCCCUCCGAGCUGCCAUACGUUGUCGACGACCAAGCUGCAGAAGAUAAACCCGCACCAGCACCUGCACCUGCCAUCGCUGCUCCACUGGCAGUCGGGGCUGGCCUCGGCAGUCUCGCUGCUGCAACUGGUAUCGCGACUGGCUCCGCCCGAGAUGGCGAAGACGCCAAAGACAAAGGCAAGAAGAAGAAGAGCAAGAAGAACAAAAAGAAGAAGACACAAGCUCUCGCUGAUGAGGAGCCCGUCCUCGCUGUGGCUAAUGCUGCCCCUGCUAGUGGGCAUUCUGAAACGGUUGUGGUUGACUCGGCCCCGGCGACGAGAGCGGCCAUCGUACCUGCCGUCAACAGCGAGGCUACUAAAGCUCGGGACUAUGGUGUGCAACCCUCCGUGACCGAUGGCUCUGAGUUCGCAAUGACCGACGACCAAGUUGAACCUCCUUCUGUCAUCGAGCCGCUCGGCGAGAAGCGCGGAUACACGCAGCGCGACCUCCCUGCUGCUGCCGUACCCGUCGCCGGCGCUGGUGCUGCUUCUCGAAGGUCCAAAUCUCAGAAGCUGGCUAAGGGCAGUCGUGGCGUCGAGAAGCUCGCCGCUGUCAACGAAGACAGCUUCGUCUACCGUCGCGACAUUCCUGCUCCACAAAAGGGACGAUAUCUCCUCACCCCUAGCGUCGCUCCCAGCGUUGCUGAUCCACUGGAUGCCGGGCGUAUCCGCACGGCCAACUCCAAGGGUUACUGGCUCACCCAGGACCUCUCGCCGCAGCAGACGCACUACUUCCUGCGCGAACUCUCCCUACGCGAGCUUCGCUGGGAGCUUGACCGCGCUUGGCUGCUGACCAGCUUCGAGAAGCCACACCGCCCCACUCGACGUGCUCCCAAGAACUUUUCCGAGGUCGAAGACGAUUCACGCAUAAACGAUUUUGACGAGUCGUCCGAUGAGGAUCUGCUUGCAAUCGACGAGGACGAGGACGAGGAAGCCGUCUUCCGUCGCGGUACUCAGCUUGGCAUGCUCUAUAGCCAGCCUACCAUUCCGGACCUGCCGCUGCUGCGCUUCCUCUUCAAGAACGCCUUUUGCACGUUCCCGCUCUUUGUCGCGCCCGAAGACAAGGUGAAUCAGUACCUCGGUGGUCCGCCCGACAAGGCCACGCUGGCACGCGAUUACUUCUUACACGGCAUCUUGCCACUACUCCGUGCUUUCCAGUCGCGAUCUUUGAGCGCCCGAGUCGAUCGCCACGGUGAAGGUGACGGAACGCCUUUCAGUGCAGUUUCGACUACCGGCUCGCUGAGACACCUGUUGACCAAGUGGGCAUCUCGCUACAUCACUGCCAUUCUCCGUGUCGGACCUGGCGAUCCAUACUUUGACGAUGACGAACCGGUCCAAAAGGAAUCUUGGCCUUGGCCAGCGUCCAACCUCUUACCCCCCGAAGCCUACCACGCCUUCCGCAAGCCGCUGGAUCGACUCAAGUACGGUGGCUACGAAGUCGAUCUCGUUGGCGUCCGAAGGCAGAGCCCCACCGAACGCGACUACAUCAUACGUCUUCGACGCCCCAAUGCGCCCGAUCAGUACGUAGUACGCAACGAUAAUGACUUUGAAGAGUACCGACGCAACCUUGUCCAGGAUCUGAGUCCGUUCGCCUUUGUCAAGCCUCUGCCCCGUACACACGGUUUUCCAGACGAAGGUGAGAGCGAUGUUGAGGACAUCAGUCCUUACGGCUCCGGCUCGGAGCGCUCUGCCAGGUUCAAUGCAGCUGGUCUGGGCUCUGCUGCGCUGUUCAAGGCGCCAGCCGGACGCAGUUCGCCAGAAGGAAGAGGCUUGCGUGGAGGUGGACGCGAUGGCCGAAGACGCUACAGCUCUGCCAAACAAAACGGACGACGUGUCUUGGGCCGCGACGCGGGUCGCGAUGCUCCCUCGGAGUACGAAAGCGAUGUGUUCGAAGACACCGCAGAUGAGCGCUAUGUGGAUGAAGACGAUGAUCGGUCCGAAGCUACGCUGCAGCCGAGGCGUGGUCUUCCGCGCACCGGAGGUCGCGGCGACCAAGAUGGAGGUACGCGUAAAAGCCGAACCCCUCUGCUCGACAAGGGUAAAGGCUCCUUGCGCCGUCUUACAGGCAAGGAUUCUCAGCCCAACUCGCGCAACAGUUCUCUCCGACGAAAGGAUGGGUCCAAAGGAUCACAGCGCCGACCUUACGCUGGUCGCGUUCCGCUUGCUCCCGCGGCUGCCGCUGGCAAGCUCGAGCGCGCCAACGGCUCGUUGCGUCGGCCUCCCGCUGCCGGCGCGAUGGACUUUGAUGCUAGACGCAACAAGCUGCGAAGCUGGUUGCGCGACACGCUCGCUGUUCGUGAAUCGGGCCACGCUAACGAAACGCAAAAUUUCCUCAUCAUCGGUGGCUUCACCGAACGCCACCUGCGGCGCAGCGACUAUGAAGACAUUCAAGAGCGACACAGAGAGGACAGGCUUCGUCGACGGGAGCAUGAGCGAGAUGCGGCCGAAGCGGGCGAUGACGUCCACGACCUCCGCGAGGUGCGCGACGAGAUCUGGUUCGACUGCGUCGAAGGGGAUGGCUUCCUCAAGAUGUACGAUGCGCUUCGCGAGACGCCAGACUACGCACGCUUGCCGCUGGGAUACCAGAAGAUGGUCUCGUGGGGCAAUUUGCAGGUUGCACGCUGGUUGUACGGCGUCUUUGUUGCAGGUGACGAGUCUCGCGCCAAUCUGGCAAGGAUGCAGGACGUCUACGAGUCGGUGCCCUGGAAAAAACUCGCAUUUGCGAUGAAGUCGCCUGUGGGCCAGAUGUUGCGUACUUGGAGGGACCAGUUCCUGCGACGAAGCUUCCUGCAGUCGAUGCUCCACAUCAUGCUCGAAGACGAACCCGAGACGAUCGAAGAGGACUUGUCCGAGCUGCGUCGAUUGAUCGGGUCGGAAGUUAUGUUUCAAAAGCUACGUGUGUUUGUUAACUCGCCGGACGACCUCAAGCGUCUCAUCCGACAGCACGCGGAGAAGGAGGAGGUUCCGCUUGUCGCUGCCAUCGUUCGUGGUUCGGAGCAGCCCAAGCUGAACAAGGUCGAAGUACAGCGUGUUAUGGAUGCUACGCAGUCUUACCAGGCAUUCAUGAAGACGCUUCCUUCGAUUACCAAGAAGAACAAUUACACGGACCCGGGCUACCGUCUUAUCGUUGACCUUCAGCGGACGUUGCGUUUGCUCUCUCUUCAGCGCGAUGGUGCGCAAGUUCGGGGUAUGCUGCAGGAUCCUGUCAUCGCCGACGCGCUUUCCAUCGCGUUUGAGCCGCUGAUGGAAGAGGUGAGGCGUCUGCACAAGGUCACAGGGGUGGGGAAUGCCGUGAUGGACCUUCAAGCCUUCCUUGGACGACUGCUGGAUCACCUGACUGGCCUGCGUGCUCGCGUGAUGGAUCCUCUGCACGCCGUCAACGGCAUCGCCGAAAUCCUCGAUGAUGCCGCACCUUCGUGGUAUAAAUUCCUUCGUUCGGCAGCCGAUUCUACGCCUACUGUGUUCAGCUUCUUCGCCUGGUUCCGUCAUUUGGCUAUGACAAUUGGAGCGGGCACGGAUGAUCUUUCCCGUAUCUGGACCAACCCUCCCGCGUCUGGCGCUGAAGACGAUGCUGGAACGGAAGGCGGUCAAUCGAUGGAUCCGAAUCGCGUGCCUGAUUACGAGGGCGCUCUGGACGCUGAUACGAUGCGCGAUAUCAACUCGCUCGCCGAGCACGGCCGUAGGAAGCGUAAUCGACAGAUGGAAGUGGCGUGUAGGUGGGCGGCAGGCGACACGGAGGAGCACCAUCCGAUUCAGAUCCAGGGCGACGGCAAAGGUAGAACAAGGACGGAACCUUACUUGCCGAGAGAGACGAGGCCGCCGAGGAGGGCGCCCGGUCUGGACAGAUUCAGAAAGUCGUUCCGCGAAGCUGUGUCGAGUGCUCUUGCUCGUUGA